AUGGAUGGUCGCCCGCUCGCUACCUUUUUCCUCAUUCUAGCUUCGACCUCCUACGAAUUGUUUCUUACAAGAACAAUCACCAUGUUCUUCCCAUCUCUCGUUGCAUUCACUCUCCUCUACCUCACCCAACCCGUCCACACUUAUCCACGCUCCCCAUCUCCAACAUUAACACAAACGACCACACCAACCCCCCAACCAUACCGCUACUAUCUCCGCUCAACAACAAACCUCUACCUCAGUUCCUCAAUCACCUACAACGGCCGCACAAACUACGUGCUGCUAACAAACUCCUCCCUCGCACAACCCCUCGCCCUCUACGAAGGCGACGGCUCCAUAACCCUCGACACAUCCAACGUCAUCGGCGCGAGCUCCGAGGCGCCGCUAUACCUCUCCGACGAGGACGGGCUGAGUAGUACGUACAAGCAAGUUGUCCUGGGGAAUGAGAAGGGGGGCGAGUAUACGAAGGGGUUUGGGUUUGGGCAGGAUGGGGGGUUGAUGCUGAGGGAUGUGAAGGUCGAGGUGCAGAGUCGGGGACAGGGACAAGGGGCAGGGGAGGUGCAGGUGGGAGGUUUCGUGGCGUGUACGGCGGCGCUGGGAGUAAAGCAGGUUUACUGGUUCAAGGAGGGGGAUGUUGCAGAUGGAGAGGUGCCGGUUGUUUGCGAAAUUGUGGGGUUUGAGAGGGUUUGGGAGGUAUGA